UUCAAACGUCAAAUUAACAUAACCUAAAAUUAUUAAAAAAAUUAAAUUAUCACCUUAUUUUGAAAUUUGGCUCAUAAUGAUACACAAAAUUGAUAAUUUCUUGGGGCAUGCGCUUUUCGGUUGUUGUUGUAAAUCCACAUGUUUUUUAACAACUUCUUUUUAAAGCCGGCAUUAAGAAGUCUUAUUAAGGAGUGUAAUUGUUUAAACUUCAAUUCGAUAAUAUCAUUAAGGAAGAUGAGUGAUUUAUCUGCGGCAAAGAAGAAAGCGGCCGAAACGGCUGUAAAUGAGUACGUUUUUAAUCGUUGCAAAAUUGGAGUUGGAAGUGGUUCAACGAUAGUCCACGCGAUUGAUAGAUUAGCGGAAAGGGUUCAAAAAGAAAAUUUAAAUAUUACCUGCGUUCCUACAUCAUUCCAAACGAGGCAAUUAUUAAUUAAAUAUGAACUUCCAGUAAGCGAUUUAGAACAAACUCCAGUUUUGGAUGUUUGUAUCGAUGGUGCUGAUGAAGUUGACGCUGAUUUAAAUUUAAUAAAAGGAGGUGGAGGUUGUUUAUUAGAAGAAAAAAUAGUUGCUAGUUGUGCUAAACAACUUGUUAUUGUUGCGGAUUAUACUAAAAAUUCAAGAGCUUUAGGAGAUCAAUACAAGAAAGGAAUUCCAAUUGAGGUUGUUCCCAUGUCUUAUGCUCCUGUUAAAAAUAAACUUAAAUCGAAAUUUUGUGGGGAAUUUGUGUUGAGAAUGGCUGUCAUGAAAGCAGGGCCGAUUAUUACUGAUAAUGGUAAUUUUAUUUUGGAUUGGAAAAAUUUUGAUCAAACCUUAGAUUGGAAAGCGGUUAAUAAAGAAAUUAUUCAAAUCCCGGGAGUUGUCGAAACUGGUUUGUUUAUUGGUAUGGCUAAAAAAGCUUAUUUUGGUAUGGUUGAUGGAAGUGUUAAAACUCAAGAGGGUUAAUAAAUCAAAUUGUUUUGAUAUAUAUUAGAUUUUGUGUUAAAUAUAAAAUGUUACAACUUC